AUCCGUCUGCCGCUCCCGUUCCCCUCCUGCCCACCUCCCCGCCUCGCUUCCUCCCCCCCCCACCCCCCCUACGGCUGGACAACUCCCUCCUUUGGGGAACGCGCCCAAGUAGCUGAAAAAGAGAGCGAGGGGAAAAGAAAAAAAAAAAAAAAAGAAAAAAGGAAAAAAAUAAAGGGGGGGGGGGGUGUGAAGAAGAGAGAGAGCCAAUUCACACUGAAGGUGGGGACGCGGCUUGCGCUCGCAAGACCCCGCAGCCCGUCCGGCUCCGCAGCCCCGCGCUGCCCUGACAGCGCCCGCGGCCGGAGCGGGGCCAUGCUCAGAGGCGGCGGGGGCUCGGCGCGGAGCCGCGGGCGCUGCGGGGCGCUGCGGGGGCUGCCCCGCUCGGCCGGGCGGCCGUGACCGCCGAGGACGGAGCGGCCCGAACCCCGAGCGCGCCGGGCAUCGUUUCGCGUGUUGAUCUGAGCCACGGCAAGCAAAGAAUAUGAACAGGAAAACUAGGCGCUGGAUCUUCCACAUCUUCCUGAGCCUGGGGAUUGUGUAUAUCAAGAUCGGGGGUUUCUCCUCUGUGGUGGCCCUGGGAGCCAGCAUCAUCUGUAACAAAAUCCCGGGGCUCGCCCCCCGGCAGCGGGCGAUCUGCCAGAGCAGGCCCGACGCGAUCAUUGUCAUCGGGGAAGGGUCCCAGAUGGGCAUCAACGAGUGCCAGUUCCAGUUCCGCAACGGGCGCUGGAACUGCUCGGCCCUGGGCGAACGGACCGUCUUCGGCAAGGAGCUCAAAGUGGGGAGCAGGGAGGCGGCGUUCACCUACGCCAUCAUCGCGGCCGGCGUGGCCCACGCCAUCACGGCGGCCUGCACGCAGGGCAACCUCAGCGACUGCGGCUGCGACAAGGAGAAGCAGGGCCAGUACCACAAGGAGGAGGGCUGGAAAUGGGGCGGCUGCUCCGCCGACAUCCGCUACGGCAUCGGCUUCGCCAAGGUCUUCGUGGACGCCCGGGAGAUCAAGCAGAACGCCAGGACGCUCAUGAACCUGCACAACAACGAGGCUGGGCGCAAGAUCCUGGAGGAAAACAUGAAGUUAGAGUGCAAAUGCCACGGCGUCUCGGGGUCCUGCACCACUAAAACCUGCUGGACAACACUGCCCAAGUUCCGGGAGCUGGGCUACAUCCUCAAGGACAAGUACAACGAGGCCGUGCAGGUGGAGCCCGUCAGGGCCAGCCGCAACAAGCGCCCCACCUUCCUCAAGAUCAAGAAGCCCCUUUCCUAUCGCAAACCCAUGGAUACAGACUUGGUGUACAUAGAGAAGUCCCCCAACUACUGCGAGGAGGACCCGGUGACGGGCAGCGUGGGCACGCAGGGCAGGAUGUGCAACAAGACGGCGCAGCAGUCCAAUGGCUGCGACCUGAUGUGCUGUGGCCGUGGCUACAACACCCACCAGUACUCCCGGGUGUGGCAGUGCAACUGCAAGUUCCACUGGUGCUGCUACGUGAAAUGCAACACGUGCAGCGAGAGGACAGAGGUGUACACCUGUAAGUGA